GAUACGAAACGCGCAAGCUCGUUAUCUGAAGUAUUAUUCUCUCUUUUAUCUCCCAUUUUCAUUUUCAAUUUUCAUUUGGCUUGUUAGUGAGCGUUUGCUCCACAUUUCCAGUCUUCCAAAAUUUGCGUGAUGCGUGAAAAAUAUGUGAUUUUGUGAAUUCUAACCUAAAAAAUAAGUACUCGUGAAAGUGAAGUGUUAAUUAUUAAAUAUAUAAAAAAAACAAAUAUGUUUGCGAACGGACAAGUCGUAGGAGAUGGCACAUGGGACCUUCGAGUUUUUGUCACGGAUCUUCAAACGGAAAGGUUGAUUCGCGUAAAAGGAGAUGUCCACAUUGGCGGCGUAAUGUUGAGGCUGGUCGAGGACCUAGAAAUAUCGAUGGAUUGGUCAGACCAUGCUUUAUGGUGGCCCACUAAAAACGUAUGGCUUACAAGAACUCGAUCUACUCUAGACCAGUGCGGCGUUCACGCCGAUGCUCUACUCCAUUUUACACCAAUGCACAAAAUUCUGAGAGUACAGCUGCCCGACCUUAGGUACCUCGAUAUGCGAGUGGAUUUUUCAAUAAAAACCUUUUCGGCUGUAGCUCAAUUAUGCAAGGACCUCGGAAUCAGGCAUCCUGAAGAAUUGUCCCUUUCCAAACCGUUGGAAUACGUUCAUCUAAAAUACAAUUAUAAAGAUAUGCCAAAGAAGAAAUAUGAAAAUGGUACGACUAAAAACGGGCAUUUACCAGCCGAUACGAAUACUUUUAUAGCCAAUACGAGUCCCGGUGGAAGUACGGGAAGUUUGGAUAAAUCUCCUUUCAUGUGCGCGCCCGUUACGCCCUCUAGAGCACCAGCUAGUUCGACGCCAGUUAGCAGUCCGCAGGGAAACGGUACGUGGAAUAGGAAUGGUUUCGAUAUGAAUGGCACCUUGAACUAUUCGGGACAUAUACCUAACAGUGCUAGUUUGGAACAACUCGACGGAUCUUUCGAUAACUCUUUGGCGCACAGUCCACCAACUCCUCAUCCGGAGGCUAGGAAGUCUCUCGUUAGACCAAAAUCACUUAUAGAAAAAGCUCGAAUGAAUGUAGCUUGGUUGGAUUCUUCGUUGUCGAUCAUGGAACAAGGAGUCCGCGAGCACGACACGCUUUGUUUGAGAUUCAAAUUCUUUUCGUUCUAUGAUUUGAAUCCUAAAUAUGACGCCAUCAGGAUAAAUCAGAUUUUCGAGCAGGCGAAAUGGCAUUUGUUGAAUGAAGAAAUCGAUUGUACGGAAGAAGAAAUGCUUAUGUUUGCCGCAUUACAGCUACAAGUGAAAUUACAAGCGAACCAACCUCAACCUCAUCUGGACAACGGAAGCACUCCUUCCCCCGUCGAAGAUGACAUAGACGCCGCUCUAAAUAACCUCCAAACGACCUUAGAAGGUUCGAGUAUCAGUACUUUUUCUAACGACAUCACCCAAGUGCCGGAAUUGAGAGACCAACUUAGAUUUUUAAAACCGAAACGUUUUACACUUAAAGCGUACAAAAAAUAUUGGUUCACAUGUCGUGAUCUGCACCUAUACAUGUACAAGAGCAGGGAAGAUAUGCUCAAUACGCAAAAUCCAGUUUUUAACGUCAAUUUGAAGGGUUGCGAAGUCACCCCCGACGUUAAUAUAAUGCAGAAUAAAUACGUUAUCAAAUUAGAAGUGCCAAGUUCAGAAGGAAUGUCCGAAAUGUAUAUAAGAUGCGACGAUGAAACUCAAUAUGCUAGAUGGAUGGCAUGCUGCAGAUUAGCAGCAAAAGGUAGAUCAUUGGCAGACAGUUCGUAUGAAACGGAAAAAAAGACAAUUCUAGACUUCUUGCAUCUACAGAAACCUUCCAUACAACCCGUCAUCAAUCCAAACAACCUAGAUUUACAAUUGGAAGAUUAUAUCGCUCCGAAAUAUUUAAAAAAAUCAAAAGCAAAAUUAACUCAGAGGAUACUAGAAGCUCACGCGAACGUCAAAGAUCUGAGCCUGAUAGACGCCAAGAUGAAUUACAUCAAAGCCUGGCAACUUCUUCCCGACUACGGCGUCAGUCUAUUCGUCGUAAAAUUCAUGAAUUCCAAAAAAGAAGAAUUAUUAGGUGUCGGUUACAACCGCAUAAUGAAAAUGGACAUAAAUACCGGCGAUCAUCAAAAAACUUGGAGAUUCAAUACCAUGAAAGCAUGGAACGUCAAUUGGGAAAACAAACAUAUGAUGGUGCAAUUCGAAGAAGAAAAUAUCGUUUUUAGUUGUUUGUCCGCCGAUUGUAAAGUCAUACACGAAUUUAUCGGCGGUUAUAUUUUCUUAUCGACCAGAUCUAAAGAUGCCAGUCAAACGCUUAACGUAGAGUUGUUCCAUAAAUUGACUGGUGGAUGGUCCUAGAUUAUUUAAAUCAGUGCCUUUAAUGGAAAUGUGUCAAUUAACAAUUAUUUUUAUCCCUUCAGUAGACCUUCUCAUUGUGUAGAUAUAUAUAUAUAUAUAUAUAUAUAUAUAUAUAUAUAUAUAUAUAUAUAUAUAUAUAUAUAUACGUCGCUCCAAAAUGGCCCCGAGGAUUUUUUCUUAGAUCAUUAGUUUCUUGUAUCACCCAGUAUAAAUACUCAAGGCUCGAAUCCAGUUGUUUGUAUUGGGUAAAAAUUUUAUUUUCUUCGGAUUAGAUUUGUCGGGAUCUAUAUUUGACAGUUCCGAUGCUUUUGCUUUGUUAUGCAAUUUCUUCAAUCAUUUUUUUCGUCCGACAAGAUGAUGUAGAGCAUUGAAUGCUUCAUAGAAUUCUAAUAAAGCAAUACUCUCUGCAAAUAAUAGUCUUGGAAGAAAAGUGGAUUUUUCCCAUUUAGGAAGGACAUACUUUCAUACAAAUCUUAUUAUUUUUUGGUUAAGAAGUCUUGCAUCUUAUUGUAAUACUCUGGUUUCUAUUUAUUUUCAUGCUAUAUAAGUCGCACAAGGCGUUUUUUCUCAUUUAGAACAUAUUUGCAUAUAAAUAUUGUUUUCUUUUUUAUGGUCAGGAAGUCUUGAGUUUCGAUGGAAUUCUCUUCCUCAAGCGUUGGCGCAAAAGAUUUUUCCUAAGACUUCUCUUUCUAAGGUUCACGGUCUAUUAUGGUCCAUGUUUCACAAUAAGGUGAAGGAAUAUCUUAACACUGAAAACAAUAGUGACCUAAUUCAAAAUUUAGGGAAGUUACAAACCCAAAAAUUCAAACACUGACUUAUUUCUACUAUGCAAGGCUCCAAAACCAUCACCAUUUACUAUCUACAAUUCUUCGUCAAUUAAAAAAAAAUAAUAAUUUCACAUUAAGUCACUUUCGUUCUCAUCAUUUCACAUCUUGUAUCCUUUUAUUCCUUGUGAUCCACUAUUGUAGUUCCAAGUUGUCUAAAUUCUUCAAUUAUCUCAAAGUUAUGGUUGUCGAUGGUAUUAUUCAGUCUCUUAGGUCCUGGUAUCAUUGAUGAUAGUCUGGUAUUUAAAGCCCGAUAUGAAUCAGUGAUUUUUGGAAGGCUCAAAUUACCAAUUAGUUUAAUUGUGUGUGGCAGUAAACGUGAUUUCAAAAUAUUAAUAUAUAUACAUAUAUAUAUAUAUAUAUAUAUAUAUAUAUAUAUAUAUAUAUAUAUAUAUAUAUAUAUAUAUAUAUAUGAUUAAUAACAAUUACAUUAUCUGGUCCUUCAAGCCGGGUAUAACGACUUAAAGAAGGCUCCAAGGAUCAGAUUCUACUUCUAUCAACCAACUAGUAGGAUUAAAAUAAUUUUUUGAAAACGAGAAGGUUUGCUGUUGGUUUUUAAAUUUUUUAAUAAUGUCUAAUGCCAGAAUCUAAUCAACUAAUAUUGACUUUUGGCAUUGCUUUUAAUGACAUUGUUUUACAUUAUGUCGAUUUUUGUAAAUAAUAUCGUCAGUAUUUCGUUAUGGGUCGAGUUAAAUUCAUACUAUGAAGAUGCACACCGUAUUUUAUAGGGUUUGUUACGAAUUGUAUAUGAAUAACGAAAACUUGAGGUUGAGGUAAAAAAAUUGUGAUGUUUAAAAAAAUGUUCGAUAUUGGACAUAUUUCAAAACUGUAUUCGUAAAUUUUGACAUCACACGGUAUAAUUUUUUCAAACUGAGGUGGAGUUAUCUUAGUAAUAAUAACCUCGAUCUAUAUUGGUCGUGAUUCACCUCGAGGAUCAUUGUGGUACCCUUUAUUUUUCACAAUUUGGAAACUUAGCUAACUACUUAACUAUCUUAGCUUAUUUUUAAGCAUUUCAAAUCUAGAAACAGUUUUUUCACUUCUUCUAAUUCUGCUAUUUUUUUCGAAACAAUCUACUGCAUCUUUGAUGUCAUAUUCCCAUCAAGGCAGAUGUUCGAUCGUCUCUUCUUCUCCGUUACACUCUUUAAAAUAAUUAUCCAUUGUCAUUCCCCAUUUCUGGAGUAUUGUACUAUAUCCAGUGAUUACCCCAAAUAUCUUUUAGAUUUAGUGUUUUGUGAAUGUUAUUAUCUUUUUGUUUCUUGUCCAAGUCGCUCUGGAUAUCAUGUUUAUUCAUAUAGGUAUUUUAAUUUUUAGUUUCUAUCACUUGCCUCAAUAGCUUCUUUCAACAAUUUCAUUGUUAGUAAUAACUGUCUUCUUUGGUAACUUUUCCUCAAGUCCUACUUUUUGCAAGCCUAGUACUUCCUUCCGCUUCAUAGUGUCAAAGUGCCUAGUAAAGACUCAUUUUAGUGUCACUAAUCCAGGAAAAUGACUCUCUACAACUACAGUUAUUAAUAAAACCGAAAAAUUAUCAAUGUAUGUAUGCUUGAUUUAGAUGAAUAUCCACUAAGACCUGAUGAAUAUAUCGGGUCCUCUUCUCUACUCAGCUUCCAAAUACUAUAUUUGAAACUGUAGUUCUUUGUUCCUGAUUCCUGAGGUUUGAUUAAUUCUUUCUGUUUUAUCUAGCAUUUGGUAGCAGCAUUAAAUAUAUGGACGUUUCCUCUCCAGCUUACAAAAUCUGGAGUAUCUUUUUUUCACCAGAUUGAGUUUCUGUAAUGUCAAAUUAGAUGAUAAUGUCUUGUUAGAACUCUUAAAUUAGGAAAUCUGGUGCCCCGUUGGAAAUUUCCUGAUUUCAUUUGGUUUAAUACAGAUACCUUUGCUAAACUGUCUUACCACAAAAGGUAUUUCCCAUCUAGGGCACCUUGUCUUACAAAUCUUGUUAUAUGCAUAAUAAAUCUUAUACUUCACUGGAAUUUUCUUGAUUCCAAUACUUUCAACGCCCAUAUAUCUAGUAUACUGUCCCACAACAGAAGUGGAGGUCGUCCUAGCUAUCUAGGACAUUUAUUUAUAAGAAUCCUGUUGUUGUAUGGUCAGUAAAACUUGUCUUCCAUUGGAGUUUUCUUUAUUCCAUUUGUUUUAAUGCUGAUACUUUUGCUAUACUGUCCUACGACAAGUACAAGGGUAUCCUAGAGGGUAUUUUCCAUCUAGGGUACCUUAUCUUACGAAUCUAAAGGUGAGGAGAUUUAAAAUCACUUCUAAUGCAGAUGUUGGGGAUGAUUUCAAGGCUCCAAUUGCACACGAGCAAACAAGUCUUUGUACCUUGGAGAGAUUGUUCCUUCUGGUGUUCAGACUAGUUCUAGUACUCGAAACUACUGCCCUGUACAUACAACCCCAAUUUUUUUCUGCAAUGUUGGCUGCAUCUCCUUUUCGUGUUUGUUCCAUAGAAGUUUACUGUCUAGUGUGAGUCCCAGAUAUUUCCCUUUUAAUUUCCUCUCAAUGGCUUGUCCUGGUAACGUUAACUAGUUAAUUUGAUUCUUUUUUGUGUAUUUAGUUUCUUACCUUAGAAAUGUCCACAGAAUAAAAGAAAAUGAAAAUAUUGUUCGUUUAAGUUUACCAGACAUAAUUAAAAUUAAUUGUUUAAUUAACUAUUAAUCAAAAUUUGAAAUUCCAAUUACCAAUUAUGCCCUAUUAGGUGAAAUGUCACUUAUUUUCAUAUUAAAAAAAAAAUUGAUAUACUGCUAUUGAUAUUUUAUGGUUUUUUAAAUUUUUUUUGAAACGAACAAAGUGAAAAUUUUGAAAAUCACUUUUGAAUUAUUAAAAAUUUUGUAUUAAGAAUUGAUUAUUAAAAAUAGUGAUGAAUUUGGCACGUCCAAUAUAAAAUUGAUUUAGAUUUAUAUUUAUUAUUGUAAAAUAAAGUGCUUAUAUUUUACGCUAUCGAUUUGUUGCUUUUAAUGUUAUAUAUUAAUGUUACUAAAUAUUUUAAACAUUAUUUUUACCACGUUUAUAUAUUUUAACUUUACAUUGAACACUAUACACAGUACAUAAUGCCAAUAUUUUAUAUAAAUUCAUUUUAUGUACAAACGUUAUUAAUAAACUAUAACAAUUUUUCA